AUGGAGCCAGACCGGGCUGCGUUCCCCGUCGAGGCCGUAGUCGAUUCCCCCACCUCGGACUCUUCCCAUACUCCUCCUGGACAAGAUGUUGAGAGCGUCGUGGAGAAUGAGAAUGCUUCAGGCCAAGAUCCCGCCAACGAUGGCGAGCACCGUUACGACUAUCCUACAGGCCUCAAGCUUGCCUCGAUCCUGGCGGGCGCCACCAUGGCAUACUAUCUCCUUUUCCUCGACCUGGCCAUCGUUUCCACCGCAACGCCCGCCAUUACUACCGAAUUCGACGCCUUGAUAGACAUCGGCUGGUACUCGGGUGCCUAUCAACUGGCAAGCGCUGCCUUUCAGCCACUGAGUGGCAAGAUCUACACCUAUUUCUCCCUCAAGUGGACCUUUCUCGCCUUCUUCUUCGUCUUUGAGCUGGGUUCGGCCAUAUGCGGUGCGGCACAAUCGUCACCUAUGUUCAUUAUCGGCCGCGCCAUCGCCGGCCUUGGUUCUUCCGGUCUGUUUACUGGCUGUCUUACCACCGUCGCCAAUUGCAUCCCAAAAGAGCGGCGGCCGUUGUUUCAAGCAAUCAACAUAGGUAUUGGCCAGCUUGGUCUUGCGUGCGGCCCCAUCGUUGGAGGUGCUUUCACAACCCGCGUCUCAUGGAGAUGGUGCUUCUACGUCAACCUACCCAUCGGUGCUGUCGUUGGCCUCUGCCUCAUCUUCAGUAAAGUGCCAGAGGCAACUGUCAAGCCUCCCUGGCGCCACGUUCUCGGCACCGCCGUCAAGUCGCUAGACCUGGUCGGAUUUGCCCUCGUUAGCCCGGCUGCGAUUAUGCUUUUGUUGGCCCUCGAGUAUGGCGGAAACCAGUAUGCCUGGGACAGCUCGGUCGUCAUUGGCCUACUAUGCGGAGCCGCUGCUGUCUUUGCGCUCUUUUUAUUCUGGGAACACCGAGAAGGGGACGGCGCAAUGAUCCCGUUUGCCUUUCUUAGGAGCCCUGUCGUCCGAUCAGCAUCACUGACGCAAUUCUUUUCCCUCGGCGGCGUUCUCAUCGGCGACUUUUACCUGGCCAUAUAUUUCCAGACCAUCAACAAUAAUUCGGCUCUGAUGAGCGGCGUGCAUUUGCUUCCGGUAACACUGGGCCUGGUCAUAUUUACCUUCGUCACCGGCGGCUUGAUACAAGUCACGGGCUACUAUCUACCCUGGAUUCUAGCGGGUAGUGCCAUCGCAACCAUAGGCUACGGACUCAUGUCAAUGCUGAGCCCCACAACUACCUUCGGGCAAUGGUUCGGCUACUUAUGCGUCUACGGCAUCGGUAGCGGCGUGGGAAAUUCAGGUUCAUACAUCGCCGUCCAAAACCUCGUCCCCCUGAAACAGAUCCCCACGGCCAUCGCGAUCGUCAUAUUCGCCCAGAACGUGGGCGCCGCCGUUUGGGUCGUCGUCGCCAACGCCAUCUUCAACAACAGCCUGCGCAAAGAACUGACGCAGCGAGCGGCGCUCAUCGGGCCCAGCCCCGAGGUCAUCAUCGAGGCUGGUACCCGCAACAUCCGCGCCGCGGGCCUGACUCCCUCUGAACUGGCCGCCGUCCUGGUGGCCUAUGGCAAGGCGAUUGAUCGGACCAUGUAUCUCGGCAUUGCCGUUUUCGGCAGCGUCAUGCUUGUUGCAUGGGAAAUGGGCUUUACGAACCUCAAAGAGGUCAAGCGGCAAAAGGAGCUCAAGAACGAUAGCACACCUGAGGAGGGAAUGGAUGUCUCAUCGGAUGUCAAGUCUGUGGAGCAGGUGCGCACGUGA